AUGUUAUCAGCCAAGUUGCAAGUAGUACUUUGUGCAUUGUUAUUCUGCGGAGCGCGCACGCGCGCAACCGAUUCCUACCAUAAUCUGCACUUGCGUGAGCACGCUAACCGCCUAGGCAAACUCGUGCACGGGCGCCAGCCCGUGCAAUUGUUCCGGCGGUCGGGAACAUGCUCUUUCCCCAACAAGGCCGGGAUGGUGGCGGUCCAGAAAAACGGGCAGAACGCUGGGUGGGCGCUCGCGUCGGACGUGUCAUGCAGCUACGGGUCCUGGUGCCCCUACGCUUGCGAGCCCGGGUACCUGAUGGCACAGUGGGACUCCGGGUCGACGUCGUACACUUACCCGGAGUCGCAAUACGGCGGGCUGUACUGUGACGAAAACGGCAAUUUGCAGACGCCCGACUCGUCGCGCGGAUACUGCUACGAGGGCGAAGGCACGCUCGACGCGCAUAACUCCGCGUCGUCUGGCGUGGCGUUCUGCCAGACCGUGCUUCCAGGCAACGAGGAGAUGCUGAUUCCGACGCAGGUUGACGCCGGGUCGACGCAGCCGUUGGCGGUGCCCGGCCCGGACUACUGGGCAGGCACCGCGGCGCAUUACUACGUCAAUGCGCCAGGCACCGGCGUCUCGGAUGCGUGCCAGUGGGGCUCGUCGUCCGACGCGAGCGGCAACUGGGCGCCCUACGUGGUGGGCGCCAACGCGGACAGCUCCGGCAACACCUACGUCAAAGUCGGGUGGAACCCGGAGUACGUGGACGCGUUCGGCGGCACGACCCCGGGGUUCGGACUCCGCGUUACGUGCGAUGACAAGUCCCAGUGCGACGGGUUACCCUGCGCCAUCGACCCUUCCCAGCAGAGCGUCAACCAGGUGGGCGGCAGCUCGGUGUCCGGGGCGGGUAACGCCGCGUACUGCGUGGUAACGGUCAAGAACGGCGCUAAGGCGGCGAUAGAGGUGUUUGACAGCGCGUCCUCCAACAACAAACGCGAGCUGCAGCACCACCAUCGGCGCCACGAGGCAGACGGCGCGUUCCGCACGGUGGGCGGCGGCACGGCGCGGUCGCAGACAGCGGCCAGUGUGUAG